CUUGGCUCGAAGCACCCACUACGCUUUCCUGAUAGUCCAUAUUUAGCAAUUUCUAGGAGUAGACCACGAUACCAAGCUUUUUUUUCAUCCUUUUGCAGGUCUUUUAAAUAUACACUUUCUUUUAUACGUAUCCCAAAAGCUUAGUCAAUAGCGAUGACCUGGUACAUUUCACGGAGGAGGCUUUUUCAAAAAGUACUUUUACUUGUUGCAAUAGCUCUGACGUGCGUCAUUGUCGUGUUGGCAUUUAAUUCAUCCCUUUACCGCACCAUUCCAGCCAUCUUGCCACUCUUCAACUCGAUCCCCGUCUAUCGCAAUCGCUGGAUCUAUACAACCCCUACAACCGUUCAUCAUCCCAACCAAGAUAAAUACAAUGCCGCACUGGUUGCCUUUGUAGACAGUGAUCACGCGUCCAUUGGCAAAUUGCGACGCACCAUGCGCGACUUGGAAGAUAACUUCAACCGCUACCACAAUUAUCCUUAUAUUAUCUUUUCACCCGAGCUCUUAAAUACCGAGUACAAGGAGCUUAUUGCGUCCCUAACCAAAGGCGACGUUAUGUUCUAUGACGAAAUCGACGAAUAUACGUAUGGAUACGCAAACGAUACGGAUCAUGGACGAGCGGAAGUAGCGCGCAACAAGCUAAAGAACGUCGUGGUAUAUGGUGACGAUGAGCAUUAUCGUUUUCGAGCACGUUUUAUGGCUGGAUUGAUUUUCAGUCAUCCUGCUUUGGAAAAAGUGGAUUAUUAUUGGCGAUUCGAUCCAGGAACAGAAUAUACAUGUCCGAUCACCUUUGAUCCAUUCCAAUAUAUGCACGAAAACAAGAUUAAGCUAUCAUUCUCGGUUGCUCCGUACGAGCCGUUUGAAGCAAUGCCGACGUUGUGUGAUACUUUGGACAAAUACCUAAAGGAAAAUCCAUCUAAAGAAACAAGUCUAAACGAGUUAAUACGGAAGGAAAAUGGCAAGUGCACCAGGUGUACAUUAUCCAGCAGUUUCCAGAUUGCUGAUCUCAGCUUCUUCAAGAGCGAGCAGUAUCGAGCAUUUUUCGAACAUAUCGAUAAAGCAAAUGGUAUCUUUUAUGAGCGAUGGAGCGAUUCUGUUAUCCAAUCCCUAGCUGCUGGUCUGUUCCUCGAGGAAAAGGAUAUCCAUCACUGGGAAAACAUCGGUUAUCAAGCCACACCCUAUAUAUCCCACUGUCCACAAGACAAAUCCCUCUGGCUCAAAUGCAAUUGCCGACCCGAGCACAACUUUGAUACCGAUCCUCUUAGCUGCCUUCCGAAAUUUUCGGCAACGAAGAAGAAAUUGUAGAAAAAAGAAACUAUAAAUAGAGGGGUGGGUGUUGUUUUUGUACGGUUGUGCGAACAUGUACUAGAAAUAAUUUAUAAACAUGUACAGGAAUAUAAUAAUUUGCUAUAGAUGGGAACACUAUUUUUCUGACUCUUCCAUAAAACGUCAACUGGGGAAAAAGUGUGUUUCU